AUGUUAAAGUGGACGGCGUCAGCGCAGAAGCUGAAUCAGCUCACGCCGAACAUAAAGGCGGCUACGACGACAUUGCGUUCACCGCACCCGUUAACAGACACGAAACGACGCCGCCGACGUGCCACAAUCAGCAAUAAGGAGAACAUCGUACCAUAUACCUCAACUCCGAUGGUGGCGCGAGAGCGCAACAGCCCAGUGGUGCUUUCGCCGUUAACGGAUAUUUUGAAUGUCACACCGAAAUCGCAGUCGCCGCUGACGCAGCGCACACCAGAGCGAAUGCUGAAUGCGAGUACGAGUGCAACCAGCCGGGCACUGCCCAAUCGACGCCAUUCAACAGUGGGGUUCUUUUUGCACCCGGCGCCUAAUUACGCCUCCACUCUGCCACACUUCGAGGAAGAAUACUCGCCAAGCACAGCGCUGCCUACUGGACAACAAGUAGCUUUAAGAGGACUACUGCCAGACCCUUUCCUCAGCAACUUGCGCUACUUUAACACGCCCGAGUUGGAGAAGCGAAAGCAAAAGGAGGCCCAAGAAAAGCUGAAGGCCGCCAGAAAAUCAUUGCCACGAAAGCUAGAAGCAGAUUUUGCUGAAAUUGCGCGAGAAUGUUGCGGAGGCCAGCAACCGAAGCGCAACUACAAUGAGUCGCAUUCAGCCGGUAUGAGCGACCAAACCUUAGACAAACUCAUUGACGCUAUACUCGACUCAGCGCGCAAAGGCGAAAAGAAGAAGAUGAGGCCGCGCAA